CGCGAGUAUUCCUCAAUACGCUCCCUCCUUCGUUCUCGCUUUCUCGUCGCGUUUACUCUCCAGUUCCCCCGCUUCCAUGACGAGCUUCGGGUUCCGGCAACCCCAAUUCUCUGAGGAACUGGCAUAUCUGCCCAUUUGGCUUCAGAAACCCCAACCGGAACCAUCGCCGCCGCCGGGGAACUCCAUUGCGGAAGCCGAAGUCCCUUUUUCUUCGAAUCGAGAACUCAGAAGUUUGUGGCCUCCGAGAGGAAGCAGUACUUGCUUUGGGAAGGAUGUCAAUCGCUCCUCGAAAGAUGAAGGAAGGUACAAGGAUUGUUGUCUAUUCUUAUCUGGGGAAGCUAAUUCAGAAAGCACUGUGGCUCCGUCUCCAGGAAAUCUGUUACACCUUCGUUUACAUAUCUCUCUGGAUGGUGAUUCACCUAAUACCCAGUGCCAGCUUUCAUAUCCAUCAGACCUCCCUCGUGGUUCCAGUAUGUUCGAGUCGCAGCAUCAAGAUCAAACUCUGUGUAGCUGGGAUGAGAAAGCCUGCCAAUUGAAAGUGGACUACAAUGGUGGCGGAGUAACUCUCCUGCCUCCAGCUUCCACCCCAGGAGUUGUGAAGAGCGGUAGUUUACAGGUACCGAGCAUUAACCAGGGUAGCAAAAUGCAAAAUGAAGGAAAAUUGAAUGUUUUUCCAGCAAAUAUGGGCACUGAAGCCGGUUCAUUGCCACCUAAACACAGUUCGGACUGUGAAGAUGGUGACAUAAAUGGUGCUAUUGAACUCUCUAUUGCUGCAUCAGAAGCAUUAGUUAUACAUGAGUUGAUGAAGACUGAGUUGAGCUCAGAAGGCUUCUCAACAGGAUCAAUUCUCGAAGCUGCACUCAGAGUCAAACAAGCUCGUUUGCUGGAGGAAGGCAUGGAAGACGAGGGCUACAGUAAUUAUGAAGUUGAUGAGGUUGAUUCUCUUGCAGACCUAGAUGAUUCUGUUAUGAGGGAUGCAUUUAUGGAUGUGGGAUUAUCUUUGGAUUGCGCCCACGUUUCUGGUUCAGAUAUAUCUCAUGUCAAAGAGACUCCUAUGGAGGAAAAUUUUGAUGGCAGUACCAAUGGAUCUAAGGUUCCCAAGGACCAGCAGGAUCAGAAUAUCAAUGGAAAAGCUCCAGAUUCUGACUACUCUGGUAUGGCGUGCAGUGGUAAUCGUAGUUCCUAUCAGCAAGAGGAUAUUCCCCACGACAUGGCUGAACCACAGGAAGGAAACGCUAAUGGAGGUAAACAGCGCACAAGGAAAGGUGUCGCCAAGUAUUUUAUUGAUGAGGCAAGCUUCCUUUCUGAAUCUGCGGACAUGGCUGUCAAUCAGAUUUCCGGUAUGCUCAAAAAGGGAAAUGGGCCAAAUAUAGCCUCACAGUCGAGCAUAAACUUCAAUGGCUUGCAAGAUAAAGCCCAUGAUGCUGUUUUACCUUCCGAGGAGGUUAGAUGUUCUUACGUAUCAGCUUCAGAUCCUCUAUGUUCCAUUGUUCCUUGCAGUAUUCCUAUGGAGGAGCAUGUUGUUUCCCCUGCAAAUCAAAUCCAAAAUGGUGAUGGAGUUGAACCUCAAAACUGCUUCGGCCACAAAUUCUUACCUGGGUUAGGUAACGAGUGCACUAUUGAUAAAGUUGAAGAACAAAAUCCGGAUUCCCCCCUCAAUGGGAAUGACAAUGUAGAUAUUGAAAAUCAAGAGGACACGUGUGUUUCUGUGCAAAGGAGAUCACCUAUAGUUCUGAAUCGAAGGACCCGGCAUCGAUUGCAGGCUCGUGAAAGUUUUAUUGGGAGUAAUGUACCUGCAGUCAGAUGUCUAGAGCAGGAUCUUCCUGAAAGUACUACAAUCAAGUUUGACAUUAGCAAUCAAACUAAUAUGCCAUCUGGAGAAGUUGUUUCCUGUCCUGAAAACAAUCUAGUUCGAACAAAGCGAGUUCACUUCUCAUUUGAAGUCCAGCAUGAGCAAACCAAGGAACUCAUUCAAAGGUCAAAAGCAUCAUCUGUCGGAGAUUUGGGUAUUAGAGAUAACAAAAGAUCAAAACUUUCCAAACCGAGUUGCAUGAAGAAAUGUCUUCUGGGCCACAAGCAAGACUUGAAGCGUCUGAUAUUUCACAGAUGGGAGUUUUUGAUUACCGGGUUUUCUUACACAAAGGAAAGAGAACUUGGAGGAAUGAUACAAAAAUCUGGCGGUAUAGUCCUCUCUGAGAUCCCCUCUCAUCGAAGUUCAAGAUUCAGAGGGAUUAAAAGAUCUGACACCCAGCAGCUUACCUUAGUUAUCAGUUCAAAAAAGCUGCAAACUGCCAAGUUCUUGUACGGUUGUGCUGUGAACGCUCCCAUCUUAAAAGCCAGAUGGAUCACUGACUCAAUUGCAGCUGGUUCUAUUGCACCGCCAGAAAAGUAUGUCAUCCGUCCAAAUCAAGCAGAUAUAAUGCCAGUCCGCCUGCUUUCAAUGAAUCAAAAUACCGGACCGCGUAUUUUUGACAGAGUCGGAAUCAUGCUUCAUGGAAAGCCCAGCUUCUGCCGGAAAUUAUCCUUGAUAGUCAAGCAUGGAGGUGGAGAGGUAUUCAAAUCCCUCCAAACAUUACUGUUGAUCCUCGAUACUGGAAAGCUAAGGCGGGGAGUUAUUGUUGCUGAAAAUCAGAGCAGGGCAUUGCGGCACUUGCAGCAUUGUGCCUCGGAGCAGAAAAUAGCCUUGAUGCCGGCUAGCUGGAUAGCCAAGAGCUUGCACUUAGGAAAGCUCUUGCCUGUUCAAGAGAAAGAGGAUGAUGCCCCACAGGAAAUCGGAUUGCAAACUUCAGAGAAUUCCUUGGACUGGAGUCAGGAAUUCUGAGAUUGCUCCUUUAAGACACAGACACAACCUCAAUGUGCAGUUGUCUAUCAGGCUCUGAUUUUGGCGUGCGUGAUGGGAAUGGCUGUUGAUAUGCAAGCGGGGUCACAGAUGAGCCUGAUGCAGCAGAUGGAGAUAAAAAAAAAUUGAAGCUCCAUAUGCAUGCAAAGUCGAAUCAGCAGAGAAAAGAAAAGCUUUUCUUGUUUAAUUAUUUCAGGUGUAUGCUGCAAACUGUUUCCAGCAUAAUGUACAUAGCCGAUUUGAAUAAUUACUUCAAUAUUCUUUGUAGAGGGGAGGAU